GGUAGCCGGCUCCCACAAACAUGAAGACGAUAAUUCCAAAGCAGUAUCAGAUCGAGAACAGGAACAGGCGAACAGCCUAUCCUACUCUCUCUUGGUUCAACUCCCACACCCACACCAGGCACCCAUCCAUACUGAGAUCCACUCCACUGUUCCUUCAGCCGUCUCUCACUAUUCUCUCUAUCAAAAAACGUACACACUCUUCAUCAAACCCACACACUCUCUCUCUCGAAACACACACUCUCUCUAUCAAUCUCACCCUCGGUCUCUCUCCCUUCCAUCCAGAAACCUCACCAACCUCACUAACCAUCCCACCUCCAACCCCCAAACCAAAAUGACCAAACCCAACCCAACCAUCACCGAACAGCUUCAGACCACCUACGACGCCCUUCUCCGGAUCCUCUACACCCACACCGACGCGCAGGGCAUCUCGCACCGGCCCUACGGCCUCGACUGGAUCGACUUCGAGCGCCUGAUGUACCGCCUGCUACUCCUGCAGGGGCUGGCGCGACACGGCGAUCGCAUCGCCCACGACCCGUGGGUGCUGUUCCUGGACCGGUAUGCGCCGCGCUCGGUGCGCCGCUCCCCGAGCGAGGCCGGGCGCCUGGAGGUGACGUUUUUCCCCAGCUCGAUUCUGCAGUCGCCUUCCUCCGGCUCUGCUCCGCGCUUGAUUUCUGUGGGUGUUGUGCAGGGAGGUGUGGAUGGUGGUCGUCGUAGUAGCACCAUCGGCAAUGUCAACGGCUACACCAACGGCUACACCAACGGCUAUACCAACGGCAACACCGGCAACACUACCAGCCACAAUGACAGCAACAACUACGCCUCCAUGAAUGGUGACAGCACUGGAUCCCGUCCUCGGGUGGACUCCAACGGCCACGUGCACUUCGAUCAUACGGCUGUGCAGCGGGAUCCGAGUCGGAGACGCUCGCCUUCUAUUCCGAGGUACUUCCAAUGACUUUUCCUUUUAGGGACAGAAUUACGUUAAGAAAGAGAUGCAGUUUACCCACACUCAACGCUGUCAAUGUCUGUGUGCUCGACUGAUAAAGCCAUCACCUUUGAUUUCUUCUGAAGGAGAAAGAAUGAUAUGCAUGAUGCAUCUGAUGCUAGAUUACGUGGAGGUGUUCUCUGGAGUUGGAGUUCGGGCUGACUUUUGUUCUGGCAAUGUGUACAGAGUACUCUUUGAUUCAUGGUAAGUUCUUUUUGCUGAUGCAGGGGGGGGGG